CGGUCGAACUUUUUCAUGCUUCACUGCUUCGACCCGUCCACUCUUCGGGCCCAGCCGAUCUUGAAUCAGAUACCUCGCCCUUCGUCCAAUCCUUUUCCCUCCUGAUGGCAUCCACCGCGCUCAUCCUGACUCAUUUCGACUCUGGAAUUUACUUUCCUUCCCUUCUCGCCCCUCUCGCGCUUCUUUCCCAUCCUUUUUCGCAGCUGCGUUACCCGCGCUGCCAUCGCCGCCAGCAGCCACCAUCGAUCCACAGUUCGGUUGGCGUCUUCCUCCACCCAGUCCACCUCGUUUCAUCCUCUGAUUGCAGCCUCGCUGAAGCAGACCCUGUUCUUUCUCCACGGCUAGAAGAUUCUGACAAAUCCACCAGAAAUUUUUCCCUGUGAAAGGUGGCCCACACGGAGUUAAUCAGCGCAGACUCGCGGCUUUUAACCAUGAUGCAACGACCUCCAUCGGCAGCCCCUCCUGGCUCUUCCC